CAUUCUAUUUCUAACUGAGCGGCGGCAUAAUUUGUCGAGACGCGCAUUUUUCUACGUAUUUUGAGUUAGUUAGUAUGUCGUUGUAAGAAUAUUAAGAUAAAAGUGUAAAACUAUUUGGUAAAAGUUAAAUUAAAUUAAAAGUUUCCUGCUUUAGAGUAAAAAUCACAUACAUACACAUAUAAAAUGGGCAAGAAGGCUGAUAAUCCUGAGAGCAACAACCCAUCUUCUGGCGCUGAGGAGGAGGAGGAGGAGGAAUACGCAGUGGAAAAAAUUUUAGAUCGUCGUGUGCGCAAGGGAAAGGUGGAAUACUAUCUUAAGUGGAAGGGCUAUCCAGAGACUGAAAACACUUGGGAGCCGGAAGGCAACCUGGAUUGCCAGGAUCUUAUACAACAAUAUGAGCUGAGUCGCAAAGAUGAGGCCAAUGCAGCAUCUACAAAUUCGACCAGUUCAAAAAAAGAUCGACCGGGCAGCAGUGCCAAGGUCAGGGAGACGGGACGCACCAGUACAACUACCAACAGCAGCAGUACUGGUGGCAGCAGCGCUGCUGGUAGCGCUGGUGGUGCCGGCGGCAAGCGAAAGUCCGAGGAACCAGGUAAGAAGUCUGCACCCGCGAGUAAUAAAUCAAAGCGCGUCGAUUCAGAGGAUGGGGGUGAUCUAGUACCCGCUGGUGGCACUGGCUUCGAUCGUGGCCUGGAAGCUGAAAAAAUAUUGGGCGCCUCCGAUAAUAAUGGUCGGCUAACAUUCCUUAUCCAAUUCAAGGGCGUCGAUCAGGCGGAGAUGGUGCCAUCGACGGUAGCCAAUGUCAAGAUACCCCAAAUGGUAAUUCGUUUUUAUGAGGAGCGGCUCUCUUGGUAUUCGGACAAUGAAGAUUAAGUGUCACACCAGGAUUUUAUUAUUCAUGAAUAUAUUUUCUCAGCAUAAUAUACUUAAAAAUUAUGUAUUUUUAUCAUCCAUUUCCAACAAA